UCGCCUGUUGUGAGCAUCGGCGAUUUCUAGGUCAAGUAGAGCGAGGUCCAUACAUUGGCUUGACUUGCAUCCAUUUCGGCGCCCCUUUCUCCUUUAGAGAGAUGUUGCUCCCAAAGGGUGGUGUAACGUGGAAGUCGGCCAAAGCCCGGCUGCCUCCAUGGCGGGCUGUCCUAUUCAUGGUGACACGGACUCGAUUUCUAGUAUCACUGGCAGUGACUGGAUUGAUGGUCCUUUUAUGGCGUGGUAUCAGCAAAUCGGCUUCGGAAAUGCAAAGCUUUUAUUGUUAUGGUCCCCCCAAGUCGCCAAUGGACAUGUCUAUCAAUGAGAUGGUCGAAUGGAACGCACAUCUUCAGACUCCUGUGGUGUUCAAUCACCACGAUGCCUACGAAGUCAACUCUACCGGCAUCAAGCACGUUGACCUCAACCCCAUCAAGUCGACUCAGCAGGCUAUUGCGAACGCUGAGCGGGUCCUCAUUCUGACGCCGUUGAGAGAUGCUUCGGCUCAUUUGAUUAAUUAUUUCGACCUGCUGUACAAGUUGACGUACCCUCACGAUCUUAUCGAUCUGGCUUUUCUCGUGGGGGAUAGCAAAGAUGACACCAUGGCUGUCCUUACUGCAGAACUGGCUCGCAUUCAGUCUCAGACAGAUGAAAAGAUCGCUUUCCGCAGUGCUACAAUCGUGGAGAAGGACUUUCACAGUGAUUUUCAGAUGAAUGUCGAAGACAGACAUUCGUUUGCUGCGCAAGGACCCCGUCGCAAAGCCAUCGGCAGAGCACGCAACUACCUGCUCUAUUCUGCUCUCAAGCCUGACCACUCGUGGGUCUAUUGGCGAGAUGUUGACAUUUCGGAUAGUCCAUCCAGCAUCAUUGAGGACUUUGUGGCUCACGACAGAGACAUUCUUGUGCCAAAUAUCUGGUUUCAUCGUUACCGGGAUGGCCACGAUAUUGAGGGACGCUUCGACUAUAACUCGUGGAUCGAAUCCGACAAGGGACGCCGGCUUCGCGAGACACUGGACCCGGAUACUGUCUUGGCUGAAGGUUACAAGGAGUACGACACUGGCAGGAAGUACCUCGUCGGGAUGGGUGACUGGAGGAACAACAAGGAUGAGGAAGUCGAGCUGGACGGUAUCGGCGGAGUCAACAUCCUCGUUAAGGCCGACGUCCAUCGCUCCGGUAUCAAUUUCCCUGCUUACGCCUUCGAGAACCAGGCCGAAACUGAAGGGUUUGCCCGUAUGGCAAAGCGUGCUGGGUAUGGUGUCUAUGGAUUGCCAAAUUACGUUGUCUGGCAUAUCGAUACUGAGGAGAAGGGCGGUAACCUUGGAGGCCGCAAAGCGUAUUAGCUGCAUUCCGGGUUGAUCCUAUCUUUCAUGCAGUGUGAAUGAAGUGACCUUCUUCAUUUCUUGUUACCAAAACUCGAAAUACCCCUUUUUACUGUGUACAUCUGAGCCAUUAUGAUGGUCAUCUAUGUGGAGGCUCACCUAUUACGUCUUUUAUUCCAACCAUUUGUGUUUCUUUCACCUUUUUCUUUCCCCCUUCUAUCUUUGUUUCUCUUCUUCCUUUUUCU